AUGAUAGGCCAGAGCCUUCCCGAGUAUUGGUUCAUACUCGUGUCGAUUUCUGGCCUUCGUCUGGUCGCUCCCGCCAGCAUUGCCCUGAUUACUGCUUACGCAGUCGGUUUCAUCUCAGCCCCACAAUGGCUGGUCGCCUACGCUGCUUGUGAAACCGUCUUUUUGGGGGUCUACACUUAUCGACGAUGGGAAUUCAACAAGCCCCCACCACCCAUCCCUCCACGACUCACACGUGCUCAACGACGAGCUUUAUUCGAGAAAUGUGCUUCACAUCUAACGACUGACUAUCCUACGGGCUGGUUCCUUCCUCAUGACGCCAUACUCAAACGCGACAACGUCCAGGACUGGAUUCUUUGGGCAUUGUUUGCCUCCACACCACAAGAGGCAUCGCCGGAAUGGAUUGACGAAAUUAACGAAUAUAUAUCGGUUGUGGAGGAGACGCUUGGACGCAAGUUGGAGCACGGACGAGACUUCGGGGCAGAGAGCCUCCGACUGUCGUUUGACCCCGUAAAGAUGGUUCAUAGACCGCUGAUUUGGUAUCUUACCGUUGCUUUAGUCGAUAUGACAACAUCUAUAUUCCUAAUCUCCCUUGGUUUCAAGCAUUACGCGCCUCGAGCCUAUUUCUCUGCUUUCCCACCACGGUUAUUCACAUCGCUAUUCUCUCGACGCGCCGCAAACGAGCAUUUCCCUUAUUGGUAUCGACCUCCCCGUGGAGAUGCUCCGAGCAAACCGACACUGCUUUUUUUACAUGGGAUUGGGAUCGGUUUACACCCUUACGUCCCUCUAUUCCGCGAAUUACUACGAUCAGACCCAACACAGUCGAUUCUGCUCAUGGAGUUUCUCCCCGUGAGCAUGCGAAUGACUCCUCCCAUGCCUUCCUGUCGCAUAACCCUCGAGUCGAUCAAUGCUGUUCUUGAAGACCUAUCCGUUGACCAAGUUACCCUCGCAGCACACUCAUAUGGGACAUUUAUUAGCGCCUACAUAAUUCGCGCCUCUUCACCGUCCACCAUCCCGGAAGACGAGCUCGAUCCAGCCUUGAUUCUUAACGAAAAGGUCGUCAAAAUCGUGCUGGUCGACCCAAUCCCAUUCUUGCUCCAUCUCCCAUCGGUCGCAUACAACUUCCUCUACCGCCCGCCCGGCAAGAAUCGCGCCAACGAGUGGCAGCUGUGGUACUUCGCCUCCCGAGACGCGGAUGUCGCGCGGGUGCUCAGUCGCGGGUUUUUCUGGGAGGAAGGGUGCUUGUGGCGAGAGGACUUGGACCAUUUUAGUGCGCGCGGAAGACGGAAAGUGACAGUGGUGCUGGCUGGGAAGGACCAAAUAGUGCCCGCGGCGCAGGUCAGAGAGUACCUGACCUGCGCCGAGCCGGGCGAGUGGUUUGUGCACGCUGGCGGGGGCUGUGAGCGCUGGGUUGCCAAAUCGGGGCUGUUGGAGGUGGUCUGGUUUCCCAGACUCGACCAUGCGACGGUAUUUGAGAAGAAGGAACGGAGGAAGAUGCUUAUUCGUGCUGUUGGCUCGGCGGAGGAGCCAGUUUCUUAUGGGGCGACCAACUGA